CUUUAUUUAAUAUCUUAAAUCUUUCAAAUCCAAAGUUUAAAUACCAAAUCUUGAAUUGUUCUCUUACUUCCAUAAAAAUCACAACAUAGGUUUUUUUACAUAUAUCCAAUUCAAGUUCAUUUAUAGUUCAUUAAACUCCUUACCAUAUGUUUUGUUUUAUAGCCUUCAAUGGAAAAUUCUUUAUUAACCCAAGUUGUUAAAUUUCACAGCCUCGUCCUUCAUUUAUAGCUACAGAUCUUGAACAUUUGAUAUGGGUUUUAUGAUUUACCAAAUGGGUUUUUGUAGGUUGUUGUUUUUCUUUAGUUUGAGCUUGUUUUGUGUGAGUUCACAGACUGAAGUAGGAAAUGGUGAAACUGUGGGAGGGAUUGUUUCAAUAGAUGUGCAGAGUGCCAUUGGGAGGACAGAUGCUGAUUUCAUAUGUGCCACUUUGGAUUGGUGGCCUCCUGAGAAGUGUGACUAUGGCACUUGUAGCUGGGAUCAUGCCUCUCUGCUUAAUCUGGAUCUUAAGAACAAUAUUUUCUUGAAUGCAGUUAAAGCCUUUUCACCAUUGAAGAUUAGAUUAGGCGGUACUUUGCAAGAUAAGCUAAUUUAUGAAACUGAAGACCAUCGGCAACCUUGCAUUCCAUUUGCAAGUAAUGCCUCUGAGAUGUUUGGUUUUAGUGAGGGGUGCCUUCCCUUGUCUAGAUGGGAUGCACUAAACACCUUCUUCGAGAAAUCAGGGGCUGUAAUAAUUUUUGGGCUGAAUGCUCUCACUGGAAGAUCUAUAAAGUCUGGUUCUGCUUUAGGACCUUGGAACUUCACAAAUGCUGAAUCUCUCAUCCGUUAUACUGUCAAAAAGAAUUACAGUAUCCGUGGUUGGGAGCUAGGUAAUGAAUUGAGUGGGAGUGGAGUUGGAGUAAGAAUUGCAGCAGACCGGUAUGCCUCUGACACGAUUGCUCUACAGAACAUUGUUCAGGAUAUCUAUAAGAGUGCCGAGAUUAAGCCACAAAUCAUAGCCCCAGGAGGAUUCUUUGAUGGUGUUUGGUUCAAAGAAUUCAUAGAUAAAACAACCAAAUCAUUGGAUGUUGUUACUCACCACAUAUAUAACCUUGGCCCAGGAGUUGAUGAGCACCUUAUUGACAAGAUUCUUGAUCCAUCCUAUCUUGACGGCGAGGCCAAUACUUUUAGCAAACUCCAAAGCACCAUCAAGAAUUCAUCAACUUCGGCUACUGCAUGGGUUGGUGAGGCAGGAGGGGCUUACAACAGCGGCCACAAUCUUGUCACCAAUGCAUUUGUUUUUAGUUUCUGGUAUCUGGAUCAGCUUGGAAUGUCAUCAGCUUAUGAUACAAAAACAUACUGUAGACAGUCAUUGAUUGGUGGAAACUAUGGUCUUCUCAAUACUACUACCUUUGUACCAAAUCCAGACUACUACAGUGCUCUUCUUUGGCACCGGUUAAUGGGAAGAAAUGUUUUGUCUACGAGCUUCUCUGGUACAAAGAAAAUACGCGCCUAUGCUCAUUGUGCAAAAGAAUCACAAGGAAUCACACUGUUGUUGAUCAACCUAGACAAUUCCACCACUGUUGAGGCCAAGAUAAGCUUUACUGGUACUUGGAAGUUGCGACACAAACACAGUAAACACAGGUCUCAUAGUCAUAGAAAAAAUGUUAUUCGGUUACCUCCUCGUGGUACUAAAAAAAGUGGAAUGGCCAGAGAAGAAUACCAUCUGACAGCAAAGGAUGGGAAUUUACACAGUCAAACCAUGUUGCUUAAUGGUAAUAUAUUAGCAGUAAAUUCAUCUGGGGACAUCCCUCCCUUGGAGCCUGUAAAUGUAAAUUCAUGGGAGCCUAUAACCGUGGCUCCUUUCUCUAUUGUGUUUGCUCACAUUCCAAGCGUUGUUCAUCCAGCUUGCAGGUAGGUGGGAACAGAUGGAACAAAAACUGGUUCCAUUUAAUUUCUCAUCAAAUAAGAAAUAGAAUGAAAUGCAAUUUUUUUCAUUCUUUCUCCUAUGGAGAAAUAGAGUGCGACUAUUUUUCUUUUUCUUUUUUCCCAUUAUUUGGUAGAAACCACAAAUUUUACAUACAUGUAUUUGUGUGUUUUUUGAAGACAA